AUGGGAUUUGCAGAAAUAUUUAUAGAUAUGAUAUGGAGAUUGAUAGCAAACAAUUGGUACUUAUUUCUAUUCAAUGGACAGGCUUCUGGUUUUUUCCACUCAAUAAGAGGUGUUAAGCAAGGAGAUCCACUUUCUUCUGCUUUGUUUAUUUUGUCUCCAGAAGUGCUAUCUAGAGCAUUGAACUUUUUAUUUGAGGACAAUAGCUUUAGAAGCUAUGGAAUGCCUAAACAGAGUGCUAAUUUGAAUCAUCUUGCCUAUGCAGAUGAUACUAUUAUAUUCUCAUCUGCAGAUGAUACUAUUAUAUUCUCAUCUGCAGAUGAUACUUCAUUGCAGCUGAUCAUGGGAAUAUUGCAGGAGUAUGAGCAGACGUCAAGGCAGCUUAUCAACAAAGGAAAAAGUUGCCCAAUCACACAUGCUAGAAAGAGAAAGGCUGAUUAUAAUGACUUGAUCAAAAAAGUGAAGGACAAACUUGAAGAAGGAAGAAAAAGACAUUGGUCUUCAUGGUUGAAUUUGUGCUUGCCAAAUGAGGAAGGUGGAGUUGGCUUUAGAUCCUUAUUUGAUGUUUCUAAAGCAUUAUGUGCUAAACUCUGGUUGAAAUUCAGAACUACAAAUACUCUAUGGUCAAAUUAUAUGUGGAACAAGUAUUGUAAAAGGCACUAUCCUCAGUAUGUGCCUAGGAAAGGAGGCUCUCAGGUUUGGAAGAUGACGUUAGAAGCUAGAGACAACAUGGAGCAUGAAAUGUGGUGGGAGCCAAGAAGUGGAACUGCUAAUAUCUGGUUUGAUAAUUGGACAAAAAUUGGAGCUUUAUACUACUUAGUUCCUAAUGAGUUUGUUGUGGAUGAAAAAGUACAAGAUGUGAAGGAACCGAUAAAUCAGGAUGGGUGGAACAUGAGUAAACUACAACAACUUUUUCCUACUCAUAUUGUUGAUCAUGGUACUGGAAGAAUUAGACUUUCAUGA